AUGUGUCAGAGUUUUCUAACUCCAAGAACUAACGACUUUCCGGGCAAUUAUCCUUUGGAUGAGGAUUGGCAUGGAUAUAUAAAUGACAAUGACAGAGUGCUUCUUAAGACAAUACACUAUUCAUCACCUACAUCUGCUGGCGCGGAGUGCAUUGAUCCUGGUUGUAAUUGGGUUGAACAAUGGGUUCAUCGAGCUGGACCUCGGGGAAAGAUAUACUUUAAACCAGAAGAAGUAAAGGCCGCAAUUGUAACUUGUGGAGGGCUCUGCCCAGGUCUUAAUGAUGUCAUCAGACAGAUUGUAAUCACACUCGAAAUAUAUGGUGUAACAAAGAUUGUGGGUAUUCCUUAUGGUUACCGUGGAUUUUCCGACCAAGAGUUGACAGAACUUCCACUGUCAAGAAGAGUGGUUCAGAAUAUUCAUCUUUCAGGUGGAAGCCUGUUAGGUGUUUCACGUGGAGGACCUGGAGUCAGUGAAAUUGUGGACAGUUUGGAGGAAAGAGGGAUCAACAUGCUCUUUGUGUUGGGUGGAAAUGGCACACAUGCUGGUGCAAAUGCAAUUCAUAACGAGUGCCGCAAAAGAAGGCUUAAGGUGUCUAUAAUAGGAGUGCCUAAAACCAUAGACAACGAUAUUUUACUGAUGGACAAAACUUUUGGCUUCGAUACUGCGGUUGAAGAAGCACAGAGAGCAAUAAAUUCAGCAUACAUUGAGGCACAUAGUGCAUAUCAUGGAAUUGGUAUUGUGAAAUUGAUGGGUCGUGACAGUGGAUUCAUAGCAAUGCAUGCUUCCUUAGCCAGUGGACAGAUUGACAUAUGUCUGAUUCCUGAGGUUCCUUUCAACUUACAUGGACCUAGGGGAGUUUUGAGUUAUCUCAAGUACCUUAUAGAAACAAAGGGAUCUGCUGUAGUCUGCGUGGCAGAGGGAGCUGGACAGAACUUGCUUCAAAAAACUAAUGCUACGGAUGCUUCUGGAAAUCCUGUAUUUCGAGACAUUGGUGUAUAUAUCCAACAAGAGACGAAAAAACACUUCAAGGAAAUUGGUGUUCAUGCAGACGUGAAAUAUAUCGAUCCAACAUAUAUGAUCCGCGCAUGUCGAGCAAAUGCUUCUGAUGGAAUUUUCUGCACUGUGCUUGCACAAAAUGCUGUUCAUGGUGCAUUUGCUGGAUAUAGUGGCAUCACAGUAGGAGCUUGUAAUACGCACUAUGCUUACUUUCCCAUUCCGGAAGUGAUAGCUCAUCCCAAGUUAGUGGACUCUAACAGUCGAAUGUGGCAUCGAUGUUUGACUGCAACAGGUCAACCCGAUUUCAUUUGAUUCAACCUUCGGAUGCCGCUUUUUCAUUUAAAAUUGUUUACUUGUAUAGCAUUGCAAAUUCAUAGUGCUUUCUUCCACUUCCAUUCAAAACGAAAUUUGAGAGGAAUGACCAAGCAUUGUUUGCUUGA